AUGGCAGUCGGAUUAGCCCUUACAAGCAAAACAGAGCAAUACAAUGGCAGAAUCACUUCAUUCGUCGUUGCGUCCUGUAUAAUCGCCGCUAUGGGAGGACUCAUUUUUGGCUACGAUAUUGGAAUUUCAGGUGGAGUUACCUCUAUGGAGCCAUUUCUGAAGAAAUUUUUUCCUGAUGUUUAUGCUAAAAUGAAGGAAGAUAGUGAAGUAAGCAACUACUGCAAAUUUGAUAGCCAACUUCUAACAUCUUUCACAUCAUCACUCUAUUUGGCUGGUCUCGUCGCUUCGUUCUUUGCCUCAUCGGUGACGAGGUACUUCGGACGGAAGCCAUCGAUUCUUGUCGGAGGUGCUGCUUUUCUUGCUGGUUCAGCUCUCAAUGGGGCAGCUACUAACCUGUAUAUGCUGAUAUUCGGUCGUGUUCUUCUUGGAGUUGGGAUUGGGUUUGCAAAUCAGUCUGUUCCCUUGUACCUGUCUGAAAUGGCACCACCACAGUCUAGAGGAGCAAUAAACAGCGGCUUUCAACUAUGUGUUGGACUUGGAGUAUUAUCAGCUAACUUCAUCAACUUUGGAACUGAAAAAAUCGAAGAUGGUUGGGGCUGGCGAAUCUCUCUAGCAAUGGCUGCAGUUCCAGCUUCAGUCCUAACAAUAGGUGCAUUUUUCCUCCCAGAAACACCAAACAGCUUAAUUCAGCGUGGCAAUGAUCACCAAACGGCUAAACUAAUGCUACAACGCAUUCGAGGCACCACCGAUGUCCAAGCAGAACUCGACGAUCUAAUUAAAGCGAGUUCAGUUUCGUUCAAUCACCCAUUCAAAAAAAUCAUCCAAAAAAAGUAUAGGCCUCAGCUAGUAAUGGCUAUAGCAAUUCCUUUUUUUCAACAGGUAACGGGUAUCAAUGUCAUCUCAUUUUACGCUCCAAUCCUCUUCAGGACUAUCGGUCUAACCGAAAGUGUUUCCUUAAUCAUGUCUGCACUUAUAGCCGGAGUCGUAGGCACAGCUGCAACUUUCACAUCAAUGUUCAUAGUAGACAAACUCGGCCGAAGAGUAAUGUUCAUAUUCGGAGGCGUACAAAUGUUCGUUUCCCAAGUGGUAAUCGGAGCAACUAUGGCAGCAGAGCUCGGGGACCAUGGAAGCAUAAGCAAAGGGUACGCUUAUUUGGUGUUGACUAUGAUAUGCAUAUAUGUUGCUGGGUUUGCUUGGUCAUGGGGUCCGUUAGGAUGGGUUGUUCCGAGUGAGAUUUUUCCGUUGGAGAUUCGAUCGGUCGGGCAGUGCAUUGUAGUUGCGGUGAAUUUUCUGUUUACGUUCAUUGUUGCGCAGAGUUUUUUAGCUAUGCUCUGCCACUUUAAGUCUGGAAUUUUCUUCUUUUUUGGCGGAUGGGUUGCGGUGAUGACUGUGUUUGUGUACUUUUUGUUGCCGGAGACUAAGAAUUUGCCGAUUGAGGUAAUGGAUAGAGUGUGGAGAGAGCAUUGGUUUUGGAAAAGAAUUGUUGGGGAAGUUGAGGAUGAUAAAUCAAGGCAACAAAAUGCUUAAAAGUAGCCAUACUUUGAUGGAGAUUGACAAGGUUCCUUAAUGAAAUAUGCCUAUCUUCAUUUCGUAGUAUAAACUAUGAUUAAUGUAUUAAAAUAUUACAAAAAAAACUAUUCUGAAUUAUACAAAUAAAAAAAAUGAAAAUCA